GAUAAACAUUUCAUCCUUACAAAAUCAUCUUUUUUCUUGAACACAAAAGAAAAGUUGUCAAACAUUUUACUUGAAGCGACAAGAAUGACUCUCUUUAAUAUUGAUCUUGAAAUCCCAUCCAAGGUUGCUGCUCCUAAGCUCUUCAAGGCUUACCUUGACUUCAACAAGGUCGCACCCAAGGUCGAUCCUGAAACAUAUAAAUCAGUUGAAAUCAUCAAAGGUGAUGGAGGCCCUGGAACAGUCAACAAUAUCACUUUUGCCGAUGGUCUUCCAUUUACGAAUGGAAAAUCUAAGGUUGAUACUAUUGACGCUGAAAACCUUAGUCUAAGCUACACGAUCUUCGAAGGUGAUGUUUUGAUGGGUGUAUCAGACUCUGCCACUCAUCAUAUAAAGUUUAUACCUUCGGCUGAUGGGGGAUGCACGUAUAAACAUACAAUUGUGAAUAAAUGCAUAGGCGAUAAUAAGUUCACAGAUGAUCAGGUCAAGCUUACAAAAGAAUCUUUUAACAAAACUUUUAAGGCGAUGGAGGCCCAUAUCAAUGCCAAUCCUAAUGCUUACUGAUGUAUCCGAAUGAAGGUGUUCUGAUCUUGAUGUAUCGAUCGAAGCGUUUUAUAUUUAGCAUGUUUUGGACUAGUUUCUUCUCUAUUUCCAAAAAUAAAUGGACUUUAGUCCUGUUUUGUUCUACAUGUGGUGUACUAUGUUUAAUUCUCAAUCAUAUCAUAAUAAAAGAAGGCGAUUAGUUAUA